CGCACCCGACCGUUUCUCCUCCUGAUGGACGGUCUUCCUCCUCGCUCGAGAGCCUCCACCGCAGGGUGCUCCUCCUGGGUAAAUGGGAGGAAGAUAUCCUCACAUGCUUUUGAUCCUCUUAUUUCUUCAUGGAACCAAUGCUGCUCUAGAUGCUCCAGUACCGAAAUGGCAGACUCUGGAAGGUCGUCCUCCUCUAGUCAUUGCUCAUGCUGGGUUCUCUGGCUUAUUUCCUGACUCAAGCCAGCUAGCUUACCAGGUUGCAAUGGCAACUAGCUUGCAUGAUGUCAUUCUGCACUGCGAUCUGCAAUUGUCCAGUGAUGCUAUAGGCUUCUGCAAAACUGGCUUGAGGCUUGACAAGUCAACACUAAUUGCCGAAAUUUUCCCUAAGAGGGACAAAACAUACAAGGUGGGUGCAGAAGAUGUGCAUGGAUGGUUUUCUGUGGAUUUCACCGCCGACGAGCUGUCUCACAACGUCACAUUGAUGCAGAGUAUAUUUUCUCGCCCAAGCACAUUUGAUGGCAGCAUGGGAAUGUAUACGCUUGAUGAUGUGGCCGAACUCCGCCCCCAGCAGAUUUGGGUUAAUGUAGAGUUCGACAGUUUUUUUAAGGACCACAAAUUAAGUACCGAAGAUUACCUAUUAGGAUUACCAAAAGAAUAUCCUAUCACUUACAUAUCCUCACCAGAUAUUUCAUUCUUGGAAAGUAUCAGUGGAAAGCUUAAGGGCAAGACUAAGAUAAUUUUGCGGUGUCUCUAUGAAAAUGUUACUGAGACUACUGUUAAGAAAAAAUAUGGAGAAAUUGUGAAAGAUCUGAAAUCCAUUAAGGCCUUUGCAUCAGGAAUUAUGGUCCCCAGGAAUUAUAUUUGGCCAUUGAAUCAUGAACAGUACUUGCUGCCACCUACUAGUUUAGUCAAAGAUGCACAUGCCCUAGGGCUGGAAGUGUAUGCAGCAGGGUUUGCCAAUGAUGUAUUUACGAGUUACAACUACAGCUAUGAUCCUGCCACAGAAUACUUGCAGUUCAUAGACAAUUCAGACUUCUGUGUAGACGGUGUGCUAACAGACUUCCCGCCCACUGCAUCAGGAGCUAUCGCGUGCUUGGCACAUACCAAGGGAAAUGUUCUUCGCCCUACUGAUGACGGAGAGAGGCCAUUCAUUAUAACACACAAUGGUGCAAGUGGUGUCUUCCCAGGCUGCACGGACCUUGCCUACCAACAAGCAGUGAAAGAUGGUGCAGACAUAAUUGAUUGCCCGGUUCGGAUGUCAAAAGAUGGUGUGGCCUUUUGCUUGGCAUCUGCAGAUCUCACCAGCAGCACGACUGCGGCAACCACUUUCAUGACAAAAGUUGUUACUAUCAAUGAAAUACAGAAUAAAUCUGGCAUUUUCUCAUUUGAUCUCUCAUGGAGCGAGAUCCAAAGCGUGAAGCCCGAUCUUAUUGGUCCAUAUGCUCCGGUAGGCCUGAAAAGAAAUCCUGCAGUGAAGAAUGCUGGCAAAUUCUUGACUUUGACCGAAUUCCUUGACUUCGCCAAGACCAGCAAUGUCUCUGGUAUAAUGAUCGAGAUAGAGCAUGCUUCAUACCUUGCUACCAGAGGUCUUGGCGUGGUAGAUGCAGUCACCAAGUCACUGGUUAAUGCGAGCUACGACAAGGAGGACAAGCAGCAUGUGCUCAUCCAGUCGGAUGACUCCUCGGUGCUUUCAGCGUUCAAGAACUUCCCAACUUUCCAGCGGGUCUUGGUUGUUCACUCCGUAAUAAGUGAUGCUUCUAAGCCUUCAAUCGAUGAGAUCAAGGAGUUUGCGCAUGCAGUGAGCGUGACCCGCACUUCUCUUGUUGAGGUCAAUGGCUUUUUCCUGACAGGGUUCACCAAUUUGGUGGAAAGGCUGCAUGCUGCAAACAUCAGCGUGUAUGCUGGUGUGCUCAAGAAUGAGUUCAUGAACCUUGGGUUCGACUAUUGGGCUGACCCAAUGAUGGAGAUCGCUACAUACUCUGCAUCACUGGCGGUCGAUGGGCUUGUGACUGAGUUCCCAGCCACUGCAAUUGCAUACUUCAAGAGCCCAUGCAGUGAUCUGACCCUGAACCUGAGCUACACAAUCCUGCCCGCAGAACCUGGUUCUCUGGUCAGCCAGGUGCCCCCUGGUGCGCUGCCUCCCGCACUCCCGCCAGCACCCGUGUUGGAACCCGCCGAUGUUCUUGAUCCGCCGCUGCCGCCAGUCUCCGUGAGCAGCCCUCCAGAAGCGACACCGAAAGCAGCUGAUGACAGCGCCUCUGCAGCGAGCUCCAAUGUCAGCAAUUACCUUCUGGUGGUUGGCAUUGCUGCCUUCUUGUCCUUGAGUUUCCAUUGAUCCUUUCUCCUUGACUGGCAUUGUACUACCACAUGUUCUUUAUGUUUCCUCCUCUUGAACAUACUCCCCCCGAUCCUAAAUUGUUGUCGAAAUAUUACAUGUAUCUAGACACUUUUUAAGUAUAGAUAUAUCUAUAUUUGGACAAAUUUGAGUCAAGAAUUUAGGAUCUUCUGUAACAUAUUGUUAUUUAAAAUAGAUAUAUUCUCUUGAAACCUGCACAUAAAAUACAUAUCAGAAAUUCUUACCUGCU